AUGCAACUCCUUGGCAUUUCAGCGGCUCUAGCCGCGUUCCUUGGCGCCGGCCGAACAGCUCCCGAUUCCGACCUCCUGCACCGGCGUCGCGGCCAUGAAGUUCCCCAAUACACGGUCGAUCCCGCCUGGAACGUCAUCAAGAUCGCCGGCGGGCUCCAGGGCGUGCGCACCAUCGUGUUCGACACCGAGGGCAACAUGCUCGUGUCGGAGGCGAGGAAGGGCAUCUCCAUCCACACGUUUGGCGCCGACGGCUGCGUGGCCAGCAGCACGAUGCUCAUUCCCGAGAUCGCCCUCAACCACGGCCUCGCCCUGACGCCGGACGGCAAGACCCUCUACGCCAGCUCCGAGCGCGCGGCCUUUUCCUGGUCGUACGACGCCGCGACCAAGACCGUGUCCGACAAGAAGACGGUCGUCAACGGCAUGGAUACGGGCAUCCACUCCACCAGGGGUCUGCUCGUGUCGCCCAACGCGCCCAACCUGGUCAUGCUCCAGGUCGGCAGCAACAGCAACUUGGACAUGCAGUCUGCUCAGCCCGCCACCGGACGCGCCAUCAUCAAGAUCUUUGACAUGGAUAAGGCGCCCGCGGCGGAUACAACUACAAGACCGACGGCGAGCGGCGAUGACUUUAAGCUCAACGGCGCCGAUAUCCACAUCGACAACCCUGCUGAGAAGCUCAACUUUUUGGGCGACCCCACCAAGGCCAGGGACCAGUUCUACGGCUACCCCAACUGCUUCUCCGUCUGGGACCCCACCCCGUUCCAGGGCCGCCUCAAGACGGGCGACCACUUCGUCAUCGACUCGUCGACGGGCAUGACGGACGCGACCUGCAACGACAAGGCCAUCAAGCCCCGCCUGACCUUCCAGGCCCACAGCGCCCCCAUCUACAACUCGUUCGACUCGGACGCGUCCAACAUGUACGUGACCUUCCACGGCUCCUGGAACCGCCAGCCCGCCACGGGCUUCAAGGUCGUCGAGAUCCCCUUUACCAAGACCGAGGCCGGCCAGUACGACCCCGUCGCCCCCGCCGACAGCCGCGACGGGUACAAGGACAUCUUUGGCGCCUCGAACCCCGGUAGCUGCACCGCCAACGGAUUGACCAUGAGCAACUGCUUCCGCCUCACCGCUUCCACCUGGGAGCCUGCUGGUCGCGGCCUCUUUGUCGGUAGCGACAACUCGAGCGAGGGUGAGAUUUACCUCUUGACCCGCAAGGCGGCUUAA